UGUAUCCACAUACGUCACUUCCGACUUCCCCUCCCCACUACUUCCUGUGUGUGCCGACAGUAUGGCAGCGUCCACAGAGAUCCACCUGGAGUUUGGUGGUGGAGCAGAGUUGCUUUUCAAUGGUGUGAAGCAACAUCAUGUGACUCUUCCAAACCAGUCCGAACCUUGGGACGUGAAGCAGCUGCUGGUCUGGAUCCAACAGAACCUGCUGAAGGAACGGCCCGAGCUCUUUGUCCAGGGAGACUCUGUGAGACCUGGGAUACUGGUGCUUAUCAAUGAUGCAGACUGGGAGCUAAUGGGGGAGCUGGACUACCAACUGCAAGACCAAGACAACGUUGUGUUUAUUUCUACUCUUCAUGGAGGAUAGCAAAAACAUAUCUUUGCAAUCUCUGUAACAGCCUUUUCUCCACCUCCUCUUUCCACCCCACAUCUCAACAACACGCCACCCCAUUGGACGCUGUGGAUGUGUCAGCCUUGCACCGUGAGGUCUGGCCGUGAUUGAUGCUGGUGUGCAGGAAUGAGGGGAAAUUCAGAGGUGAAGAACAUUUUUGAAACUGUGUGGUGACAAUUCUGUGGACGUUUGCGUAACAUUUUUUUAAAAUCAAACUGGACAGGUGUAAUGGGCUAUCAUACGAAGCUCUGGUUGUACAUGCUAAAUACCGACAGUUGGUGUGUAAACCUUCAUCUCCCAGCAUCCUCUCUUCUAGCAUGACCAUGAAAGACAAAAUGACCUUAUGUCAAGGUCCACAAUGACCUUCAGUCUUGCACGAGAAUAUAAAAUAAAAGGUAACACUUUGCUUUAACCCCCUCCUAAUUUAAAAUGUAAUAAUAGAUGCAUAACACACUGUAAUAGUUGUAAGCAGAUAUUUGGACAUUUUAAGCAUUUAUUAAUGUAUUUGUCAACAAUUAUAACUUCUCCUAUAAGACAUGUAUUUUAUCUGUGUUUUAUGAUAUUGUUAUACAUUAUCUGUUUAUACACCAACAACCAGUUAUGGAUACUUUUCAUGUGAAGUUACAGUUGUUGACAAAUAAUUAGUAAACCAACCAAUGUCCCUACAUCUGCUUAUAACUCCAUUAUAGUGUGUUAUUAAAAAAAUGUAUAUUGUGCUUAGUAAUGCUAAUUAGGUGGGUUAAAAUAAAGUGUUGCCAAAGAAAAAAAAAAGUUUUUGUUUUUUUUGGUA